UUUGUUGGUAUUAUCGUGCGCUCUUCGUAUUUUUCGUUUUAACGAUACGAAAUCGCGCGCCGGUGUCGGUGACAUCACAUUACGACAAGUUUUUUAGUAACGCGAAAAAUGCCAAACGAUUUGGAUGUACGUCGCUUGAUUGAAGAAGUGAAGGCACGCCCCAUUAUAUGGGAUGUGCGGUACGGGGAGUAUAAGGAUAGAACGAAUACACCGCAAAAAUGGACCGAAAUCGCUGGGAGUUUGGGUGUGGAUGUCGAGCACUGCAAACGAAAAUGGAAGAAUCUACGCGAUGCCUAUCGCGCCGAAGUGCGCCGUUCCGAACGCCGUGUCGAGCGUCUAAAAGCGAGCGGCAACUACGAUAGUUCCAUGGAUGUGCGCAGUAAGUGGGCCUAUUUCGAUCAGAUGAGCUUCAUAAACGACAGCCGCCGACCGCGUUACCAAUCGUUGACGCACAAGAGCGAAGGCGAAGGUUCGAAUGGCUCACACGAUGACGCGCCCGGCUUCCAUAGCUUUUGCGACAUUAAAAUGGAGCCACACCACACCACCGAUGAGGAUGACUACGAGGACGACGAUCAGUUGCUCGAACAAUUCGAACACGCCGCCACGCCACAAGCGGUACGGCGGCUCUCCAAUUCCAUUUCCGUCGCGAACGCCGCCGAAGAUGCGGCCAUAACCGGCGCGAGCAGCAGCAGAUCGCCGAAUUGCAAGUGUUCGAAUCGUGCCGACGAUCAAGUGCAUUUUCUGGAGAAUUUAGAGCGCGAGGAGCAGAGUCUGAUGCAGUCGACGCGCAUGGAUAUGACGCGCGACAAUAGCUCCAAUCACGUGGGUGAUUCGGAUUAUAAUUUUCUAGUUAGCUUCUUGCCGCAAAUGAAGCGUAUGAGCGAGCUGCAAAACUUGCAAUUUCGCGCGAAGAUGAGCGAGUUGUUGUUGAAUAUAAUGACGCCGCAAUCGUCAUCAUCGGGGCAAUUAAUGACGACCAAUGCACAGAGCUCGCAAAUAUUUCCACAACAACAACAACAACCGCAGCAACAAUUACUGUACCAACAGCAGCCAUCACCACUAGCUCUACUGCAGCAACAACAAGUGCAACGUGGUGUCAUUCAGUGCAUGCCUUCAACGCCUGCACAAGAUUUGUUGCAACUACAAAAUGAACAGUUGCAAUUACAACAAGAGAACGACCAACAAAUGCAACAACAGCGCCAACAAUUCACAACAUCUGAUUUAAUGGAUGCCGAUCAGCUGGAGAAUAGUAAUUUGAGCGUCGCCAGUGAAAUGGUAGGGGAUAACUCAAAUAAUUGGCCAUGAACCGCUCUCACACAGACACAUAUCUGAUUAAUAUAGUGCUUUCCAAACUGUGCGCACUCUCUUUGAUUAAAAUACAUAUUUGAAAUUUUUAAUGUGAAAUUUUUAUCGCGAAGUCAAUUUCUACUUUCAAUUUACUUAAAAAUGCCGUAAAAUGUAAAAAUUUAAUUUUUGAUUUAAGAUUAUUUUUGUAUGGAGUAUAUCUAUUCUUUUAUGUGGCAAACUUUAAUAAAUAUUCAAUAAUAUAUCUGGAAAA